AUGGACCUCUGGUGGAACCCCGCGGUGGAGCACCAGACCAUCGACCUGAUCCUGGUCUCCCUGAAAGCAGCCAGCGUGGGGCUCAACCUGAUAGCGGCGAACCACGUGAUCCUCAUGGACCUCUGGUGGAACCCCGCAGUGGAGGAUCAGGCCAUCGACCGCGCCCACCGCAUCGGCCAGACUCGCCCCGUGCGUGUCGCUCGCUUCACCGUGGCUGACACCAUUGAGGACCGGAUAUUGGAGCUGCAGGUGGGUCAGGGGGUUGGUUGGGAUGGGUCAUAA